AUGGGGAACGAAAUUUCCGGACGCCAAACGGAAGUCAGCAACAAAUAUGGAAUCGAUUUAGACGAAUUGCGAAAAUGGUAUCAUGAACACUACAUCAAUUUUUUGAAAAAAGAGAUUUCGGAUAAGACAUGGCAAAAUGAUAAAUAUGAAAAACAUAUGAAAGAUGAUAGUGGUAGAGCCAUACGUGAUGGGCACAAGCAGUUUUGUAAAUGGAAAGAAAUACAAAAGGAAAUAUUUGAAGCUGUAUUGGACAAUCAUAGAUUUUUAUUAUAUACAUGGGAAGAACGAGCAAAGAAAUUUAUAGAUGAAGCACAAGAAGCACAUUUUAAUGGCAAACAGUGCGACAAUGAUGAUAAAAAAACUCAAGAUGAUGAAAGUAGUGGUUCCACUACUACUACUAGAGGUAUUAUUAAAUCUAUAAAUUUGAAAGGAUGUUUACCAAAAAGGAGAGAUAUUAUAAAUAAAAGAUUAAGGGAUAUGAAAAAUUAUAUUCAUGAUAUGAAAACACAAUAUGAAAAUACAAACGGAUCAAUAAUGGACACAAUUAUUGCUACGACUGUUAUAGGAAGACUUGCUUUACAAACUCAAAACGAAAUAGAAAAUUUAAUGAAAGAGAAACGAAGUAAUAUGGAACAUGUAUGUAAAUUAUACAGAAGAACAUUUGCUGACUAUAAGGAUAUAUCGAAAGGUGCAGAUAUUGUGAACCAUUAUGUGUCACAAGAUGUACAAGGUCUUUUAAAGGGAAUAAGUGAAAAAGUAGGAGAAACCAAAAUGGACGAUUUAUGGAAAAAAUUUUUUAAAGGUAAAAUAGAAGAGAAAUUACAGAAAUUAGAAACCUCUAAAAAUGGAUCUACUGCUCAAAAAUCAUGUACUUUGGAUCAUUCAGACGAAAAAUCACCUCAAUGUUUACGUUACAUGGAAGAAUAUUUAGAAGAGUUUUUGGAACAAAAAAGAUUAUUUGAAUGGUUCUUAGAAAAUAGAUGUAAACAUCAAAAUAGUCUAAAUGAUAAUAAUUGUAUUGCUCAUUGUACUAAUUAUAAAAAUUUUUUAAAUACUCGUAAAGGAUGUUAUCAAACAUAUAAAAGUCAAUGUCAAAAAAAUUUAAAAAUUGAUACUACAUAUUCUGAUGAUCGUGCAUACAAGGCUGAAAUCGAUAAAAUAGAAAGAUUAAUUAAAGAUAAAAGUGGGUGUGGAGAUACAUGUGGAACAGUUGGUAACGUAAAUUUAGAACCAUUAUUUGAUCUUACUAAUUCUUCCACUAAUAAAUCAUACGUUUGUAACUGUAAUGGAAAUGGUAGAAAAAGUAAACCACCAUGCAAUCAAACAGCAUCAUCUAAGAAAUUAACACUUAAAGGUCAUUGGAGACAAGGUAUACAUAGCAGACACCAAUCAAAACCGAGUGAUGCGUGUAGCUUACAAUUUGGAGAUCAUAAUUCUGUUGGAGGCGGUGGUGCCGACCCAUGUCAUGGUGUACCUAGUGGUAGUGAAUGGAAAUGUGAAGAUACAUUUGAAGAAGGUAUAUGUUUGCCACCACGACGACACGAAAUAUGUAUUUCGAAUAUCAGAAAUUUGAAAAGUUCUGAUAUUAGUGGUAUAAAUAGUGAUAAAUUAUUGCUGGAACUGAUGUUAGCAGCAAAAUCGCAGGCGUGGAGAAUACGUAAUAACAAACAUAAAGACCGUCAAUCAACAUAUAUUAUAUGUCGUGAUAUUGAGUUAAGUUCUUAUGAUUUUGAAGAUAUAAUUAAAGGUACAGAUAAAGCGAAAGACGAAUAUUCGGUGGAUGUCGAGAAUAAUUUGAAAGCUAUUUUUGAAAAAAUAAGAGAUGAGUGGAAAAAAGGUAAUGAUGGUGACACAAAAUAUGAUGACACAACUGCUUUUGAUGGAUUGAAGAAGCUACGUUCUGAUUGGUGGGAUGAAAACAAAAACGAUAUAUGGGAAGCAUUCAAAUGUGGAAACAGUUGUGGUAGUGCCGUACCACAGGAUAGCCGCUCGCAGUUUUUAAGAUGGUUUGAAGAAUGGGCGACGGAAUUUUGCAAUGAACGAAAAAAUAAGGAAUAUUUGGUGGCUAGGGCGUGUGAGUCUUGUGGUGACAAUGAGUGUUCAAGUACGUGGACAUCAUGGUGGUCAAGUUUGUUUUCUCCAAUGUACAAAUUUUGUGAUUGCAAGAACCAAUGUAGAGAAUAUUCUAAUUGGAUCGGAACACAAAAAAAACAAUUUGAUACACAAUCAAAAUAUUACGACGAAAAAAUUACAUCUAUGGAUUUUGGGAUCAAUAGUAGUGUCACAAUUACGCGUGGUAGUAGUCCUAGUGUUACAUCAACUACUAGUAGUAGUGUUCCAAACGUUGCAACAUAUUUGAAAGACACAUCAAAACGGAGUUGCACAGAUAUCGAUUUCUCAAAAACUGAUAGGAUAUUUUCUUCCUACCCUGACGAACGUUCGCAAUAUAGACAUAAAUGUAGUAAAUGUUAUGCACAACAAGAAGCAGACUUGACAGGUGAAGACGGAAACAAGAAGAUGGUAUGUGGUGUCAAUAAAAUAUUAACAAGAGAAGAUAGUAACAUAACGCAUAAUUGUGAUGGUAAAAGUACAAAAACAAACGAUGGUAAGGAAUGGUCAACUAAAGAUAUAAGUAAACAAUAUAGUGGUAGUAAUGGACAUAAGUUUGCGGUUCCGCCUAGAUAUGAAGAUAUAUGUAAAGACACAAUAACAAACAAUACAGUGAAGGAUGAACGUAUGUCUUCCCAUAACUAUUAUUAUAAUAACCGUAUGUUAUUGUCCGAAUUUAUAUUGGUUGCACAACACGAAGGGAAAAGUUUACGUGAACACUAUAGAGGGAAAUCAGAUAAUAGUGUUGUGUGUACUUCUAUACGACGAUCAUUUGCCGAUAUUGGCGAUAUAGUGAAAGGAACAAAUAUUGUGGAUACAGAAAAUAAUAACCAAGUCGAAAAACAUUUGAAAGAAAUGUUCAAUAAAUUGAGAGAUGAAUACCAUACGUUUGCAGCGGAUAAAGAUAUAUAUGGAUAUGAUGAUGCUGGACUAUCUUUAUUUCGCAAAAACUGGUGGGAAAUGAACCGCCAUAUGAUAUGGGAAGCCUUCAAUUGCGAUAGACUUAACAAAGAAUGUGCAAAACAUAACGAUAUUGAUAAGGUCCCACAAUUGUUACGCUGGUUAGGAGAAUGGUCCGAAGAUUUUUAUGAACAAAGGCAGAAAAAAAUUGAAGAUUUAAAGAACACAUGUACAACAUGUAAAAUGGAUUCUAACCAAAAUCAACAAAUGAAUUCACAAAAAUGUAAUCCUAAAAAUAAAUGUGAAACAUGUCAAGAAAAAUGUAAUGAUUAUAAAGCAUGGAUAAAAAAUUGGAAAGAACAGUGGGAAAUUUUUAAAAAAUAUUAUGAUGAACAAAAGGAAAAAAACGAUAAUGAAUUUAAAAAUUAUGUUACAAGUGAUGAUCUUUCUCAGUAUGUUGUAAAUAAAUUGAAACAUAUAGGAUUUAAUAAUAUUAAUACUUUUGAUGAAAAUGAUGCAUUUGCAAAUUAUCCUAGUGCAUAUCAAAAGGUAUGUUCUUGUGAUUAUAAUGACACUUCCUCUCCUUCAGGUCGUACGAACGACGAAAAUACUUGUAAUGACAAUUUUAAAUCUCAGUGGAAUUGCGACGACGCAACUGGAUCUAGGAAAAAAACAAAACGAAAUAUGUGUGUUAGAAACGAUGAUAAUGUUGAUAUUAAUAUCAGUAAUAAUGGUGAUAUGUUAUUCUUUAAUAGUUUUACAAAAUGGUUAGACGAAAUAUCCUAUUCGAUGCAUGAAAAUACUAAUACCUUAUCCCAAACAUGUAAUAGAAAUAUUAUUGUUGGAACUAAUAAUAGUACAGGGAAUAAAGAAGGAUGUGAAGAAUGUCAAAAAAAUUGUAAAUGUUAUGAGAAAUGGAAAGAAAAAAUCACGGAACAAUGGAAAAGACAACGAACAUAUUUUGAAGAAGAAAAGAAAAAGAAAGGCAGUACAAUGAAUGAUAUAGAUCUUAAUGAUUUUUUAUAUGCAUAUUGUUGGACAAAAGAUGAAAAACGAACAGAAAAAGAAUGUUCCUCCAAGGGUAAGGAUAAAACUAUUAUUGAUGAAAAAUUAGAAGAGACGAAUACACGUAACACCAAUGCAUGUGAUAUAUGUCCUGAUAAAAAUAAAGGAAAACAAGAUAGUGCUGUUCAUAAUUGUGAUAGUUCUGGAAUGACUGCUUUGAAAGGAUACUGUACUAAAAAAGAAUAUGAUAAUAUAAAAGCAAAUACAAUAAACUAUGAAAAAGAUUGGAAAGAAGCUCAAAACGUUAAUAACAAAAUUGAUAAAUUUUAUGUCCCUCCCAGAAGACAACAGUUAUGUAUCUCAUAUCUUAAGGAUAACGGCGAUAUUAGUGAUGAACAAAACCUUAAAAAUAUACUUAUUAAAACAAUUAGAAGUGAAACGGAAAAAUUAUAUGAAUAUUACCAAACUAAAAAUACGAAUGCUCAACCUGUAAAUAGUGAUAAUAACAAGCAAGAGGAAAAUAAUUUACCUUUAGGAUUUUGUAAUGCUGUAGAACGAAGUUUUGCCGAUAUCGGAGAUUUCGUUAAAGGAAGUGACCUGGACUACACACAAGGGGAUACAACAGAGGUUAAAACCAAAAUGGAUAAUUUUUUUCAAGACAAAUCCAAAAUAACAGUAGAUAGAAACACCUGGUGGGAAAACAAUAAACGAGGGUUAUGGAAAGAAGUGAAAUGUGGAAUAAACGGUGGCGCUUCCACGGGGCUACAAUGCCCACAAAACCUUGAUUUUGAUCGUCGUGAUCAAUUUUUACGCUGGUUCGCGGAAUGGGGAGAAUAUGUGUGCAAGGAACAUACGAAAGAAUUGGCAAAAUUGACGAACGAAUGUGAAGGUUGCAAUAAUGAUCUAAAAUGUGGUACUAAUACUGGUUCGAAUAGUGGUGGUGCUACUAGAUGUAAUAAUGGAAAUUGUACAACUGCAUGCGAAAAAUAUAAAGCGUGGAUACAAAAACGUCGAAAUCAAUGGAUAAAAUUGUUAAUAAAUUAUAAGGAAAAACAAUCACAAUAUAAUGAUGAUGAAGACGAGGCAACGUUUUGGGCAAAACAUAUGCCUGCAUCUACAUAUUUGAAAUUUUUUAAUACUGAUACAUGUUCUAAAACGUUAUUUAACAAACUUUUUUAUGAAAAAUAUGAUUAUGGAGAUCAACAAAACUUAUGCGAAUGUAAUGAACAUAAAAAAAACACAACUAUGCCAUCUGACGAAGACGAUUCGGCAGACGAAAAAAUCCAAGCAGACCCUUGCGAUUAUAACAUCACUACAAAUGUAUCAAGUUGUCAUGGAAAAAAAUUUGACGGCGUGGUAUGGACAUCAAGAAAUAUACGUACAGAUAAAAAUGGGAAACCUAUGUUUGGUGUGUACGCCCCUCCGCGCAGACAAAAACUUUGUGUCGGAAACAUAUGGCAACAUGCAACGAACAAAAGCACCUUAUUGAACGAAUUGCUGCUUGCAGCAAAAACGGAGGCAAAAUAUUUAAAGGAUUAUUACAACAAAAAAAAUGGUGAACAACGUAGUAGUAAAAAUAACGAAUUAUGUAAAGCUAUCACACGAAGUUUUUAUGAUUUGGGAGAUAUAAUUAAAGGUACGGAUUUGAGUCGUGGAGCGAUAGUUACGGCAACAGAAAACAAAAUACACUCGAUAUUUAAAGAUGAACUUAGUAGUAGUGGUAGUAGGACAACAACAGUAAGUGACGGAAAAAUAUUGGAUGCACGUAAAACAUGGUGGGAAUCUAACAAAACAAAGGUAUGGAAAGCAUUGAAUUGUAAUAACACGUGUACUACCACUGCCCCCAAUGAUAGCACUCCGCAAUUUUUACGUUGGUAUGAAGAAUGGUACGAAGAUUUUUGUAAACAUAGAAAACAACUCCUUGAUAAUAUCAUUGAGAAAUGUAAUGGAAAGGGUCCAGAUGAACAAUGUGAUGAUACUGAUACAUUGUGUACAGAUUCUUGCUCAAAAUAUAGUAAUUGGCUUACACCUAAACAAUUUGAGUGGAUAGCACAAAAGAAAAAUUACCAGAGGAAAAAAGAUAAUGAACAUAUGGAAGAAAUUGAGUUCCAAAAUGUUACAAAAGGUAAAAAUAAACUAGAGGAAUAUUUAAAAGAUAAAUAUGAAAGUAAUAAUGGUUCAUGUAAGCAUAUGGAUGUACAAAAAAUGGACGAAAUUGUUGUAAAAAAUGACGAUGAUUAUAAAACAAAGUACGAACCGUUAUGUAGUAGAUGUCGAAUGAAAAAACUAAUUGAUAAAGCAAAUGAAAAGAUAAAUGAACGAAAACAAAAACCUUCUGCACCAGACCGUGGUGGUGGUAGUGGCAACCGUAAUCCAGGUACACCUGGUGGGGAGGGACAACGUGGGACAAAAGAAGAUAUAUGUAAAAAUGUUGAGACAUAUAUUUCGCACAAUGAGGCACAAACAGGAAAUAAUCGUUGCAAAGAUAAAGUGGAUGUAGAAUGGGAUUGCGCUGAGAAAGCGAAAAGUCCAGUGCCUAAAGAUGGUUCUUGUAUGCCUCCUAGGAGACAAAAAAUGUGCGUAAAGUAUUUAAAAGAAUUGAAAGGUAAUGAAUCUACAGAUAAAUUAAAAGAGACAUUCAUCAAAUGUGCUUCAAUAGAAACAUAUUUAGCCUGGAAAAAAUACAUACAGGAUAAAGGAAAAGAAAAACCACCAACAAACGCAGAUAAAUUGGAAAACCAAUUAAAACAAGGAAUAAUUCCUGAAGAGUUUAAACGUCAAAUGAUCUACAGUUUUGUCGAUUUUAAAGAUAUGUGUUUAGGAAAAGAUAUGGGUAAUGAUGAUGGUAAAAAAGUAUCAAACAAUGUUAAGAGUAUUUUAAAGAACGAAAAGAAUGGCAUAUAUAAAAACAAAAAUGAUGACGAAAAACCCCAAGAGUUAUGGAAAGAAAUUGAGGAAAAAGUAUGGGAAGCUAUGGUAUGUUCACUAUCAUACAAUGGUAGUACUAUGGACGCGGGUACACAAAAAAAACUAGGCGAAAACAACAAAUAUAGUGACGUCAAAUUUAGUGGUGUCACCAAACUCUCCGAGUUUGUGAAACGACCCCAAUUUCUUCGUUGGUUAACCGAAUGGAGUGAGGAAUUUUGUAAGACACAGAAAAAACACUACGACGAGGUGGCAAGUAAAUGUGGGAGUUGUACUGCUAGUGAAUGUAAAGGCAACUGUACAACAUGUAAAGCUAAAUGCGCAGAAUAUAAAAAUGAAGUAGCAAGAUGGAAAGUUCAUUGGGAAAAACAACAAACAAAAUAUGAAGAAUUAUACAAAAAAAUUGGUGCUACUACCAAAGCUGGCACAAAUUCUAAUGAUCAACAGGUGAUUGAUCACUUGAAAACAUUAUCUAAUGGUAACACAAAGUAUAAUAGCGCAGGAGGGUACCUAAAAGAACAAGGAUAUACAAAAAAUUGUGAUGACAGUAAUCAAAAUGAUUUUUCUACAAUUAGUGGUAACAACUACUCCUUUAAUGAUUAUCCCAAUAAUUAUAAGGAUGCAUGUAAAUGUGAUCCGAAUGCAUCAAAACAUGCAACACCUCGUGGUUCCAAUAAUCCUUGUGCCAAUCCUAGUGGUAUCACACCCACUAAAACCAUAGAGGAUAUCGCCAAAGAAAUGCAGGAAGAGGCAAAGACACAAAUGGAAACAAAAAGUGUUGUCGGUGGUACUGAGAGUAUCUUGAAAGGUAAUGCAUCUCAAGGAACAUAUCAUCAAAAUGGUCUGGGAAGAGUCUUGGAAAAUGGAAAUAUUUGUGCUAUAACGGACAAACAUUCCAAUGAUAAACGUGUAUAUGUUAGUGAUUAUCAAGGUCCAUGUACUGGAAAAGGUGGAAAUGAAAAAGAGAGAUUACUUAUAGGAAAAAAAUGGACAACGCGUGGAGAUGUUGAUGAUGAGCAUAAAGGUGUAUUAUUUCCUCCUAGAAGAUUAGAUAUGUGCACUUCCAAUUUAGAAAAUUUGAAAACGGAAUAUGAAGGACUCACAAAUCCCGAUAAAGCAAAGCACUCCUUAUUAGGAGAUGUGAUGUUGGCAGCAAAAGAGGAAGCACAAAGCAUAAUAGAUCUGUAUAAAGAAAAGAAUAGCCUAAAUGACCUAAAAGAACAAAAACACAAAGACACGGUAUGUCGUGCAAUGAAAGCUAGUUUUGCCGAUAUAGGAGACAUUAUCAGAGGUAGGGAUAUAUGGACAAAAGAAACUGGAAAUAAAGAUCUACAAGAAAAUUUGAAAAAAAUAUUUAAAAAAAUUAAAGAAAAUACUGGACUCACAACUAUAUAUAAUGAAGACUCUCCAUAUACCCAAUUACGUAACGACUGGUGGGAAGCAAACAGAGAUCAAAUAUGGAAAGCAAUGAAAUGUGCAGGAAAAACAGAUAAUUUAAAUGGAGACUGCCAAAACAAUAGUGUCAAGCCACCACCACUUGAUGACUACAUCCCGCAAAAACUCCGAUGGUUGACCGAAUGGUCCGAGUGGUAUUGCAAGAGACAGUCACAACUAUAUAAGGAUUUGGAGAGUAAGUGUGGGGGGUGUAAGAAUGGAGGAACUAAUGUAUCAUGUAGUAGAUGUCCAGGAUGUAAGGAUAAAUGUCAAGAAUAUGAAAAAAUUAUUAAAGAAUGGGAAAAGGAUUGGAAAGAACAACAAAAACAAUACUUAAAAUAUUACCAAGAAGCACAAAAUAGUGGUGGUAAUGAUGAAAAUGAAAAAUAUCUAUACAAAUUUUUAAAACAACUAAAACAACAUAAUAAGGCAAAUAAUAUAUAUGAUAGUGCUGAAGGAUAUAUACAGCAAGAACUAAAAAAUGGUAACGUUUGUGAAAAACAAAACGAAUUCUGUGAAACCAAAAAUGGUGGUACUAACAACGACAAAUAUACAUUUCUCACUCAACCUAGUGGUUACGAACAGGCGUGCGCGUGCGAUAGUAAGACGCCGUGUGAUAUAGUGAAGGAAACACUUAAUAAAAAAGACGAAACUAAAGGUAAUAUAGAAGGGUGUAAUCCCAAAACAUUAACAGGAAAUGAUUAUCCUAAAUGGAAGUGUGAGGAUGAUCAGUUUGAACCUGGUCAUAAAGAUGCUUGUAUCCCUCCUAGAAGACAAAAACUAUGCGUACAUUAUUUGAAAGAAUUGAAAAAUGGUGGCCAAAAAGAAUUGAAAGAAGCUUUUAUUAAAACUGCUGCGGCAGAAACGUUUCUUCAUUGGCAAUAUUAUAAAGAAUAUGGUUUGGGAAAAGAUAGAGGUACAGAUCUUGAUAAUGAGUUAAAAGGUGGUAGUAUCCCUGAAGAAUUUAAAAGACAAAUGAUGUACACGUUUGGAGAUUUAAGAGAUUUAUGUUUAAAUAAGGAUAUAAGUAAAAAAACAAAAACAUCAAGGGAAAAAACUGAUGUGGGUACAGCAAGAGAUAAUAUAGAUAAUGUUUUUAAAAAAAAUGGACAACCUAGUGGCCAAGUUGAUGAAACAAAACGUGAAAACUGGUGGAAUAGUAACGCUCAAUAUAUAUGGGAAGGGAUGUUAUGCGGGUUAUCACACGCAGGUGGUAACGACGAAAAGACACGUAAUGAGGUGAAACAAAAACUUGACGCCAACAACUAUGGCUACGAUAAAGUGACAUUUAGUGGUACAACCACUCCAUCUAGUGGUAGUCCCAGCGACCUCGCGGCAUUCGCCUCUCGGCCCCAAUUUUUACGUUGGAUGACCGAAUGGGGGGAACACUACUGUCGUGAAUACACGAGGGAAUUUACCACUUUGCAUCAGAAGUGUGGGAGUUGUACUUCUGUUAAUGGUACUGGUAGUAGUGGAAAAGCAACAUGUAUAACCGAAUGUACAGAAUGUAAAAAGCAAUGUGGAAUAUAUAAAACAUGGAUUCAAACAUGGCAAAAACAUUAUACUAGUCAAAAAGAGAAAUAUACUAAAGUUAAAGAACAACAGGAUUAUAAAAAUGCUGAUACUGACGUGAGUAGCUCAAAAGAAGCUUAUGAUUAUUUGAGCAAAAAAAUAAAAAAAAUUUGUAACGGUGGUAAUAUUAUUAAAUGUGAUUGCAUGGAACAAAGGUCGAAACAAAAUACAUCUAGUGGUAUCAUUCCAGAAUCGUUGGACGAAAAACCUGAAAGUGUUAAAGAUAAAUGUGAUUGUACCACCUCUAGACACCCGAAUCCCCCCAAACCUAUGCCAAACCCGAAUCCGGGAGCACCUAGUGGGACGGGAACACAGUGUGAAAUAGAGAAAUAUGUUACGGAAAAUAAACAAAAAGGUAGUGGAGGGUGUAAUGAAAAACAUUUUGACAAGAAAAGUUGGAAUUGUGACUCUCAGAUUGAUUCUAGUCAUAAUGGAGCUUGUAUGUCUCCUAGAAGACAAUCGUUAUGUAUCCAUUAUUUAUCAGAUGUUAAUGAAAAAGAUAAAAUAAAAACAGAAGAACAAUUGAAAACUGCUGUUAUAAAAUCUGCAUCGCUCGAAACAUAUUGGUUAUGGAAAAAAUAUAUAGAUGAUAAAAAAAAAGAGGAAAAAACAAAAGGUGGGAAUGCAAGUGAAGAACUUCAAAAGCAAUUAAAAGAACAAGGAAAAAUUCCUCCUGAUUUUUUACGAACCAUGUUCUAUACUUAUAGUGAUUUUCACGAUUUAAUAGUAGGAAAAGAUUUAGGUAUUCAUUCAGGUAAUACCGCUAUAAGGCCAAAAGUAACAGAAAUUUUAGAUAAAGAACAAGGUGGUAAAUAUAAAGGCAAUCAUAAACAGUGGUGGAAAACUAUUGAGGAACAAGUAUGGAAUGCAAUGAUUUGUUCUUUAACGCAUCAAUCAAUUGGGGGUAACAAAGAUAUUACAACGAAAAAUGAGUAUAAAUACGGUACUGUGACAUUUGAUGGUACUACCAAACUCGAUAAAUUUUCUGAUAGACCCCAAUUUUUAAGAUGGUUAACAGAAUGGGGCGAAGACGUUUGUAAACAACGUGGUAUAAAGAUCAAGGAGUUGGAGGACAAGUGUAAAUUAUGUACUAAUUUAAACACAUGUGACAAAUGUGGCGAUUGUAAAACUCAAUGUGGAAAAUAUAAAAAUUGGCUUACAACGUGGAGAUAUAAUUAUACUAAACAAAGUGGGAAAUAUAGUCAGGUUAAAGAACAACAGGAAUAUAAAGAUUCUGAUGAUGACGUAAAAACUUCAGAACAUGCAUAUCAAUAUUUGUAUAAAAAAAUAAAAAAAUUUUGUUCAACCAAUAAUAAAAGUAUUGAUUGUGAAUGCAUGAAAGACCUCUCCAAAGAACCAAACUCUUCGUCCCAACAGUUACCACAAACCUUGGACGAAAAACCCGACAGUGUAAAAGAUAUGUGUGAUUGUACGACUACGCCAAAACCUUCUCCUGCUCCACAUGUUCCUACUCCUAAUAAAAAUUCUGCUUGUGCUACUAUAAGUUCUGAAUUGAAAAACCUUUCACAAUAUCAGAUGGAGUGCAAUGAACUCAGAACUGCGACUAAUAAUAAUUAUACAUGUCAAUCCAAACGAUAUCUUACUGGAGAGGAUAUUAAGUUAAAAAUAUCUAAAAAAAAUAAAGAUUAUGUACCUACAAGAACAAAACAACUAUGCAUGAAUCAUUUAAUUGAUUUAUCAAACAAUAGUAAUAAUACUGUUUCAAACAAUGUAAAAGAAAAAGAUUUUUCUGAAGCAUUACAAAAAGAUGCAUAUAAUGAAGCACAACUUUUAAGUGAAUACUACAAAGCAAAUAAUAACAUUUUAGGAAACGAUGGUUCUGCCUUAAAAGAUGAAAAAAUAAAUGAAUAUACGCUGCAAGCUAUGAAAAGAUCUUAUGCUGAUUAUGGUGAUUUAAUCAAAGGUAUAACUCAAUACGAUUAUAAUGGUGAAAAAAAAAAAAUUUCUGAGCUAAUAAAUACCAAAUUAAAUAACCUUGCGAAUGGUAAGAGAGGUGAAGAGUUAUGGAAUAAAUAUAAAUCUGAUGUUUGGAAUUCUAUGUUAUGUGGAUUUUUUGAAGCAAGUAAAAAAAAACCUGAAAAAGAUAUGUGUAAAUUACCUGAAACAGAUUCAGAAAAUCAAUUUUUACGUUGGUUCACAGAAUGGGCUGAACAUUUUUGUUUUCAUAAAGAUAUUGAGAUUAAUAAGUUACAAAAUCAUUGCUCAUUUAAUAAAUGCGAUGAUGCCUCCAGUCAUGAAAUAAAUAUAUGUUUAAAUUCGUGUAAAACAUAUAAUAAUUUUAUUAAUAGGUGGGAGCAGGAGUAUACAAAUCAGCACCAUACAUAUGAGAAUCUAGAGAAAGAAAUACAUGAAAUGAAUGGAAAGGAUACUCCUACAUUUUUAAGCAAAAAAUGUGGGCAUAAAUGCUCAUGUUUCAAUAAUAAAGAUGUUAAUACUGUUGAUGUAUUAUUUCAAAAUCCUCCAGACGCAUAUGCAGACAAAUGUAAGUGUACGUCUACUCCUAAAAAAGCCCAUCCUUCUAACAGUAAUAGCAACAACAAUGAUGCUGUUCCCAGUAGUGGUGGUGACAAAUCACUACCAAAACAAGAGGAUGAAUUUAAAGAUUUGGAUGAAUGUCCGUUUGAAAAUGGUGGUAGUGGUGGUAGUACUACUAUAAAUAAUGAAAAAUGUAAAAACCUGAAUGAAAAUAUACUAUGUAUGAAAAAGUAUGCAAAUAAUUUGAAUGAAUGGACCAUAUUAGAAGUAAAUGAAAAUCAAACUAAAAACAAAGGUGUCAUUGUUCCUCCAAGAAGAAGAAACCUAUGUUUUCGUCAUGUUACGAGUAACUAUCGUCAAAAAAGUGGUAAAGAUAAGUUUAAAAGUGAUAUUCUUAAGACUGCUUUUACCCAUGGAAAAUUGUUAGGACAAAUGCAUAAGGCAAAUCAAAAUUUAGGAAUGAAAAACAUGAAAUAUAGUUAUGCUGAUAUUGCAGAUAUAGUUAAAGGAACUGAUAUGUUAGAUGAUCAUAUUUCUAAAAAAUUAAAUAAAUUAUUUGGAAUAAAUAAUGGAAACCCUACUCGUGAACAAUGGUGGGAAAACAAUAAAAAAAAAGUGUGGCAUGCUAUGUUAUGUGGAUACAAACAGGCUGGAGGCACCAUAGAAACUAAUGAUUGCACUCUACCUCAAGAAGAUAAAACUACUCAGUUUUUACGAUGGUUAGAAGAAUGGGCAAGUGUUUUUUGCAAUCAAAAAAAAAAAGAAGCAGAACAAGUAGUUAAUAAAUGUUUUGAAAAAAAUGAAAUACAAAAUGCCACAAAAAUUAGUGAUAUAACAGACAGCACAUGUAAAAAUGUACUAGAAAAAUAUAGAGAUUGGUAUAUUGAAAGAAAUACACAAUGGGAAGGUUUAAAGGAGCAAUAUAAAAAAUAUAAAUCUCGCCAUGCAAAUAGUUCUGUUCCAUCAUCCGUAGGAUCAGAACUACAACAAGACGCUGAAGCAUAUGUGACAGAGAUAUGUGCAGAAUGUGAUUGUAACUAUAAAGAUUUAGAAAGUAUAUUUAAAAAAAAAGAGGAGGACACGAAAUUAUUCGGCGAAUUAAUUAAAACUGCAGCAAACGAUGGUUCUUUUUCGAUACAUCAAUUGAACCCUAUAUAUAACUUAAUUCAAAAUAUAUCAACAAUAGCAACACAUGCUAUCCAAGAAGUAAUUCCCAAUCCAAAAAAAUUUGUAGAAGAUGCACUUCAAAACGUAGUAGAUAAUACUUUUAAAGGAUUAGCACGUGUCAACAAAGCUAUAAAGGAUAUUAAAGAACAACAAAAGAAAAGGGAUGUUGACCCCCCAAAACCUCUUCCAGAUUUAACCCCUAUUCUACCUCGAAAACCCGUUUUACCCACAACUGAUAUAUUAUCUUCCACUGUUCCUGUUGGAAUAAGUUUUGCCCUAGGUUCCAUCGCUCUACUAUUUUACCUGAAGAAAAAACCCAAAACUUCUGCUGUGGAUUUGGUGCGUGUCCUUGAUAUCCCACAAAACGAUUAUAACAUACCUGAUGAAACAUCCACUAAUAGAUAUGUUCCAUACAGUAAAUAUAAAGGCAAAACAUAUAUAUACGUGGAACGUGACGGUGACAGUGAAGAUGACAAAUAUAUGUUUACAUCUGAUACGACUGACGUGACUUCAUCUGAAAGUGAAUAUGAAGAACUGGAUAUUAACGAUAUAUAUCCAUAUAAAUCGCCAAAAUAUAAAACUUUAAUUGAAGUGAUACUAAAACCAACUAAAAGUGGUGACACAACAAAUAGUGGUGAUAUACCUAGUGAUAUACCCUCCAAUAAAUUUACUGAUGAUGAAUGGAAUGAAUUAAAAGAGAAUUUUAUUUCACAAUAUUUACAAAAUGAUAAUAUGGAAUUACCUAAUGAAAAUAUUAUUGAUGAUAAUAUGAAUAUGGAACCUAAUAUUAUACCCAAUAGUAUGGAAGAAAAACCUUUUAUUACACAAAUCCAAGAUCGAAAAUUAUAUAGUGAUGAUAACGAAAUUAUAUAUAAUAUUGAUUGGAAUAUACCAAAUAAUAUUAGCACUAAUACUCCGACAUAUAAUAGUUUAUAUAGUGGUAUAGAUCUAAUUAAUGAUUCGUUAAAUAGUGGUAAUAAUAUAUAUGAUGAGUUGUUGAAAAGAAAAGAAAACGAAUUAUUUGGUACAAAACAUCCAAAAAAUACAUCAACAAAUAGUUUUUCCAAAAAAACAAAUAGCGACCCUAUACUCAAUCAAAUAGAUUUGUUUGAUAAAUGGCUUGAUAGACAUAGAGAUAUGUGUAACCAAUGGAAUAAUAAAGAAGAAAUGUUACAUAAAUUAAAAGAUGAAUGGAAUAAAGAAAAUAACCAAAAUAUAAUGAAUAUAUCAUCAACUCAUAAUGAUAUGAAUGAUCAAACAUAUAAUGUAAGAAACACUCACGAAAGUAAUGAUAUAACAUUUGUUGAUAAAGUUGCAUCAACAUAUAAUACAUCCAACGAUCUUCAAACAAACAAUUUACGUACAAAUAUUUAUAUGGAUAUACAUUAUAAUGAAAAUAAUGAUAUACCAAGUAAUGAUAAUUUGGAAAAUUCGUACAAUUCUUCAUGA